AUGAGUUAUCAGCCUGGCUACCCAGCCCCACAACCAGGAUACCCUCCUCAGCAGCAAAUGCACGCUGGUCAACCAGGAGCUUACCCAGGACAGGCUUAUCCCCAGCCUUAUCAACAACCAAUGCCAGUCGCCGGUGGAGGCGGUCCAGGGUACACACAGGGAGUAUAUGGCGUUACACAAAGUACUACUUUAACAUGCCCCAAUUGUAGUAACAAGAUUUCCACAAGGACAGAGGCAAAGGUUAGCAUGACGCAAUGGAUUAUUUACAUCAUUCUGUACUUCUUUUUCCCCAUCUGAUGUUGCUUCCCUUGCUACAUCCCAAGCUGUUUCCAGGUUAUUCACUCCUGUCCUAUUUGUAAUCAGCAUAUUGGAUCAUCUCAAUAA